AUGUCCCUGCAGGAAGAAGAUCUCUUGACUGAUGUGUGCAGGGAGGUUGUGGAAAGGUGGUCUGACUCCCAGGUCGUUGAUGCCAAAGAGGAGAAAGAAGAUGAGGUGCAGGCCAUCACCAGCAUGAUGGAGAAGCAGGCCAGGAUAGUGGUGAAGCCCAGGGAGGUGUCCCAGGAGGAGAAGCAGAGGAAGGCUGCACUGCUGGCCCAGUAUGCCAACGUGACCGACGAGGAGGAUGGUGGGGAUGAACAGGAUGGAUUGACGACAGCAGUAAAUAUUGGAUCAGAAAAAUCGCUGUUCCGAAACACCAACGUGGAGGAUGUCCUGAAUGCCAGGAAACUGGAGAGGGAGCUGCUGCGGGAUGAGUUCCAGAGGAAGAAAGAGCAGGAUAAACUGCAGAGGGAGAAGGACAAGCUGGCCAAGCAGGAGCGGAAGGAGAAGGAGAAGAAACGAACACAGAAAGGCGAGCGGAAGCGGUAGCUGGUGAUUUCCAGCUGGACUCUCAAAGGAUAAAAUUAAUUCUGAAUACGGUGUGUGUUUAAAAAGCAGCAAGAAUUCCAGGCACGUGGCUGGGAGCAGCUCUU